AUGACGGCAGGACCACAACACCGUCAACAGCAGCAACCGAUGACGGCAGGACCACAACACCGCCAACAGCAGCAACCGAUGACGGCAGGACCACAACACCGUCAACAGCAGCAGCCACCGCCAUUUGGACGAUCGAGGGAAGCUCCCCGUCAGUGUCGCCAGUUCAGCGGUCCGUGGACACCGCCUCCGCGCUGCCCAGUGCCGCCGCCAGUGCCCCGCCUUAGCACCGCCCGUGACACCACUUCAGCGCCGUCCGAGCUGAGAGCCGCAGCGCCGCCGCCAGUGCCCCGCCUUAGCACCGCCUGUGCCACCACUUCAGCGCCGUCCGAGCUGAGAGCCGCAGCGCCGCCGCCAGUGCCCCGCCUUAGCACCGCCCGUGCCGCCAAGGGCUAA